AUGUCGCCUCCCGCUGCCAUCUCCCCACCGCCAAGCACUAAGGCCAGAGAUGACAUUUUCACGGAGCCUGAUUGGAACAAGGUUCAUAGUCAUCGCAUUGGCCUCCGGAAUAAAGAUGAUCGGUUCCCGGGUCUUACGCACGAUGGGGAUGAUCCGCGAUUUGAACUAGAGGAGUUGUCGGAGAAGGAGGUGCAGGAGUUGCAGGCGAAGAAGGCUAAGGGGGAGUUGCUUACUGUGAGGGAUUUUAUGAAGGAUCAGGAGGAUUUUCAUAUCAGUCGACCGGACGUGCAUCCUAAGUACUGGCGAUACGUACUGCAUACGACGGAGGACUUCAUUAAAUAUGAGGAGGAAUGGCCGAUAAACAAAAAGGAGCCCCCAAAGGAGGAUAAGCAGGCUACAGCCACCAACGGGGUGGCACAUGACACAUACACACCGGAACAGUUGGAGUUCCUGAAGAAUCUCCAGGACGAAGCGGAGUACAUCCGCACCUUGAAGAUCAACGACGGAAAGGGCAUUUCUCCCGCGAAAAAUGCACUUAUGCCUGCGGAUGUUGACGACCAGGAUAAGCUCACGCCCGACAAUUGGGUUCCACGGUCGGACCAUCUGCUUCGGCAAACCGGUAGGCAUCCUCUCAAUGCAGAGCCCAAUCUAGCGGAGCUUCUGGGUGCAGGUCUUAUCACUCCCAGCCCGCUGCACUAUGUCCGCAACCAUGGUCCCGUGCCGCAUCUUCUGUGGGAAAACCAUAAGCUCGAGAUAUCGGCCGGAAAAUCCAUGAGCCUAUUCAUGGAUGAUCUGGUGGAUCAAUUCCAGAGCAUUAACAUUCCCGUUUUGCUUGCCUGUGAUGGCAAUCGUCGGAAGGAAGUCAACAUGGUCAAGCGAAGUAUGGGAUUCAAUUGGGGCGCCGGAGCAGUCAGCUGCGCAUACUGGAAAGGUGUCCUCCUGCGCGACGUGUUGAUCAAAGCGGAAAUCGAGCAAUUGAUGUCGGAUUAUCCUAACCAACGUCUUUAUGUCAACUUCCAAGGCUCGGAAACCUUGGCCGAGGGCAAAUAUGAGACAUCUAUUUCACUGGAUCAUAUCAUGAAUCCGGACAACGAUGUAUUACUGGCUUACGAGAUGAACAAUAACCCAUUGCCCGCCGACCAUGGGUACCCGGUUCGACUCAUUGUUCCUGGAUUUGUCGGCGGGCGCUGUGUGAAAUGGUUGCAAAGCAUCUGGGUAACGGACAAUGAAAAUGACAGUCACUAUCAUAUUUAUGAUAACCGUGUGGUUCCCAGCUUCGUGGAGGAGAGAACCUCGGAUUUUGGCAAAGCCAUGUACAAUCACCCCAGCACGGCAUGCAUGGAGCAGAUGCUGAACUCGGUCAUCAUGAGACCUGAUCACGGUGAAAAGGUUAAACUUACCGGUGCCAAAAUGGGAGAGAAAUAUCGGGUCCAGGGGUAUGCGUAUAACGGUGGGGGGAAUGAGAUUCAACGCGUUGAGAUUAGCUUGGAUGGAGGGAAGAACUGGCUAUAUUGUACACGCAAGUAUCCGGAUGCACCCCUGCGUCAUGGACGGAAGUUCUGGACAUGGCUGCACUGGUACAAAGACCUUCCCAUCGCCGAACUGCUGAAAGCGGAAAGCAUUACAGUUCGAUGCUGGGAUGUCAACAAAAACACGCAACCAGAGAACAUCCGGUGGAACCUUGAGGGAAUGAUGAACAAUGCUCAGUUUGUGGUGAAGUCGGAAAUUGUUCAAGACCCAGAUACCAACCAAUCCGUGCUGCAAUUCCGUCAUCCAACCAAUGCAACCGGCGAUGGUGGAUGGAUGACGUCCUCCCGCGAGAAUCAGAUUAAUGACUGGGAGCAAGAGGGUGAUACGCCGGUCAAGCAAUACGAUCGCCAAGAGAUCGAAAAGCAUUCGACCGAAACGGACUGUUGGCUCGUUAUCAACAACAAAGUAUACGACGCGACCAGCGUUCUCGCCUGGCAUCCCGGGGGUAAAGACGCCAUCUUAGCACACGGAGGCCGGGUACAUGUGCAGACAACGGAGGAGUUCGAAUCUGUGCAUGAUACACAUGCUCACGAGGAACUGCAAAAACACAUUAUCGGCGUGGUCUCGAAGAACACGCAGGACUAUAUGAAACAGCAGGCGGAGGAAGCAAGAAAAGAAGCCGAGGGAUCGCAUGACAAUCCUGACAUAGCUCUGAAACCUCACAAAUGGAUCCAAGCCAAACUCCUAGGAAAGACCCCACUUUCUGACGACACGAACCGGUACAAGUUCGCUUUGCCGGAAGGCAAGAAGCUCGGUCUAGAAAGCGGGCAGCAUGUACAGGUCGGAUUCCAUUUCGAAGACAAAUUGGUAUUCCGGUCAUACACGCCCGUCAGACCGGUAACAGAAAAAGAGGAAGACGGAACAUUCGACCUCGUCGUCAAAACCUACAAGCCCGAUCUGAAGCAACCAGGGGGCACGAUGAGCAACAUCCUUGAUUGUCUGCGCGAGCAUCAAGAGAUCGACAUCACCGGGCCGACCGGCGAGAUCCGCUACCGCGGGAAUGGAAAGUUUCUGAUCGACAACGUGGAGUACCACUUUGAUCGCAUCCAAUUGAUCCUUGGCGGCUCUGGCAUCACACCCGGCUAUCAAAUCAUCGCGCAUAUCCUGUCUUCUCCAGAAGAUAAGACGCAGAUCAAAGUUGUGGAUUCCAACAAGACUGAGAACGACAUCUUAAUGCACGACGAACUAACCAAGUUCGAAGAGAAACAUCCCGAUCAACUUCAGGUUUAUCAUAUUCUUUCCCAAGCAGGUCCCAGCUGGAUUGGACUGAAAGGACAUGUUGAUGGGCCAAUGCUUUGUAAAUAUGCGUUUCCGCCUGACGAGAAGACUGUUGCGUUGCUGUGCGGUCCGCCUGCUAUGGUUAAGGCGGUUGUGACGGCAUUGGAGAGUUGGGGUUAUCAUAAGGAUCGUAAUAUCUUUGGAUUUUAA